AUGAUACCAGAAAAUCAUACACAAGUUACAGAAUUUCUUCUUCUUGGAUUAUCAAAGGAACCAGAACUGCAGCCUCUUAUAUUUAGACUUUUCCUCUCCAUGUACAUGGUCACUGCAUGUGGAAACCUGCUUAUCAUCCUGGCCACCAUUUCAGACUCCCACCUCCACACACCCAUGUACUUCUUCCUCGCUAACCUGUCCUUUGUAGACAUCUGCUUCAUCUCCACCACCAUCCCCAAGAUGCUGCUGAACAUCCAGAAACACAGCAAAGGCAUCACUUAUGAAGGCUGCAUUACCCAGAUGUAUUUUUUCCUCCUUUUUGGAGUGUUGGAUGACUUUAUUUUGAGUGCAAUGGCCUAUGACCGCUUUGUCGCCAUCUGUCACCCCCUGCACUACACGGCCAUCAUGAACCCCCAGCUCUGUGGGUUGGUGGUUCUGGCUUCCUGGCUUCUGAGUGCUUUGUAUUCCUUGUUACAAAGUUUAAUGGUGUUGAGACUGACCUUCUGUAGAAACUUGGAAAUCCCUCACUUUUUCUGUGAACUCAAUCAGAUGGUCCAACUUGCCUGUUCGGACACCUUUCUUAAUGACAUAGUGAUGUAUUUUGCAACUGGGAUACUGGCUGGUUGUCCACUUGCGGGAAUCCUUUAUUCUUACUCUAAGAUAGUUUCCUCCAUAUGCAGAAUAUCAUCAGCUCAGGGGAAGUAUAAAGCUUUUUCAACCUGUGUGUCUCACCUAACAGUUGUCUCUUUGUUUUAUUUUACAAUCCUAGGAGUGUACCUUAGUUCAGCUGCUUCUCACAGCUCACACUCCAGUGCAACAGCCUCAGUGAUGUACACUGUGGUCACACCCAUGCUGAACCCCUUCAUCUACAGUCUGAGAAACAAAGAUAUAAAGAGGGCCCUGAAAAGAUUCAUUGUGUGGAAGCUAUGA